GAAGGUGUGCCGGGGGCUGGUUGGGGGCGAGGCGGCGGGGCCUGGGUGGGGCGAGGCGGCGGUGACGUCAUGGGGCGGUGCGGCGGGGCACGGCUCGCGCGCCGGUAGGUAACCACUGCAGGCUUCGGUGCUCACCCCAGGCGGCGAGCCGCACGUAGCAGCCUCUCGCUCGUCUACGUCCUGCGCUGCCCAUCAUGUCCCUGAGGAGCAGCCUCUCGCUUCUUCUCCGUACGCAAGCGUGCUCAGUCCCGAAGAAGUCCGUCCACUCCGUGGCUGUCAUUGGAGCCCCAUUUUCACGGGGACAGAAAAGAAAAGGAGUGGAAUAUGGUCCCACUGCUGUAAGAGAAGCUGGCUUGAUGAAAAGGCUCUCUGAUUUGGGCUGCCACCUUAAAGACUUCGGAGACUUGAGUUUUACCCCAGUUCCCAAAGAUGAUCUCUAUAAUAACUUGAUAGUGAAUCCUCGCUCAGUGGGCCUUGCCAACCAGGAACUAGCGGAGGUGGUUAGUAGAGCAGUGUCAGGUGGCUACAGCUGUGUCACCGUGGGAGGAGACCACAGCCUGGCAAUCGGUACCAUUAGUGGGCACGCCCGGCACUGCCCAGACCUUUGUGUGGUCUGGGUUGAUGCCCAUGCUGACAUCAAUACACCCCUCACCACUUCAUCUGGAAAUCUCCACGGACAGCCAGUUUCAUUUCUCCUCAAAGAACUACAGGACAAGGUCCCACAACUCCCAGGAUUUUCCUGGAUCAAACCUUGUAUCUCUUCCCCAAGUAUUGUAUACAUUGGACUAAGAGAUGUGGACCCUCCUGAACAUUUUAUUUUAAAGAAUUAUGAUAUCCAGUACUUUUCCAUGAGAGACAUAGAUCGACUUGGUAUCCGGAAGGUCAUGGAACAGACAUUUGAUCUGCUGAUUGGCAAAAGACAAAGGCCAAUCCAUCUGAGUUUUGAUAUUGAUGCAUUUGACCCUACGCUGGCUCCAGCCACAGGAACCCCUGUUGUAGGGGGACUGACCUAUCGAGAAGGCAUGUAUAUUACUGAGGAAGUACACAAUACAGGGUUGCUCUCAGCACUGGAUCUUGUGGAAGUCAAUCCUCGAUUGGCUGCGUCAGAGGAAGAGGCCAAGGCUACAGCCAGCCUGGCAGUGGAUGUGAUUGCUUCAAGUUUUGGGCAGACAAGGGAGGGAGGGCACAUUGUCUAUGACCAACUUCCUACUCCCAGUUCACCAGAUGAAUCGGAAAGUGAAGAACGUGUAAGAAUUUAGGAAAUACUGUGCGCCGACACGUGUUUGUCGCAAUGGGCAUUCUAGAGUUGGGAGGCAUUUGAUUUGUGGUGACAGAUACUAAAUGAUCGUCUGGGUCAAUACUGCCUUAAUGAGAACAUUUGUGCAUUCUCACAAUUGUAAAGUUUCCUUCCCCUUCAUUUUGGUGACUGAUAAUACUACUGUAAAUGUAUUUGGUUUUUUGAAGCUCACAGGGUAUUAAUAUGUUAGAGCACUAUGUAAACUUAAAGAAGUAUAAACAGCAUUUACUACCUUGGUA